AUGGCUAAUGCACGAACAUUAAGGGAGUUGGCUGCACCUGAUUUAAAUCAGCAGCCUAUAUGCAUUACCUUCCCCACUUUAAAUGAUAACACCCCAUUUGAACUAAAAUCUGGUCUGAUUCAUCUUUUACCCUCUUUUCAUGGUUUACCAGGUGAAGAGCCGUAUAAGCAUUUGCAGGAGUUUGAUGUCGUAUGCAAUAGUAUGAAGCCCCCGGAAAUCACAGAAGAGCAAAUAAAAAUGAGGGCAUUCCCCUUUUUCUUGAAGGAUUCUGCAAAGGACUGGCUGUACUACCUGCCACCAAGUAGUAUUACCACGUGGAACCAAUUAAAGAAAAAAUUUUUGGAUAAAUAUUUUCCUGCGUCCAGGGCUGCGAGUCUAACGAAAGAAAUUUGCAGGAUCAAGCAACACCCAGGGGAGUCACUCUAUGAGUAUUGGGAGCGGUUCAAAAAGUUGUGCAUCAAGUGCCCCCAGUACCAGAUAAUUGAUCAGUUGCUCAUACAGUAUUUUUAUGAGGGGCUCCUUUUCAGGGACAGGAGCAUAAUUGAUGCUGCAAGUGGAGGGGCACUAGUGAACAAAACCCCUCGGGAAGCAUGGAAAUUAAUUGAGGGAAUGGCAGAGAAUUCACAACAAUUCGGUACAAGGGAGGAUAUCCUAAUACGCAAGGUAAAUGAGGUAGAGACAUCUUUUAUCCAGCAGCAGUUGACUGAAUUGACUUCUUUUGUCAGGCAACUGGCUGUAGGGAACGCAUCUCAGGCCAAGGUGUGUGGGAUUUGCACUGGUAUAGGGCACUCUGCAGACAUGUGUUCAAUGAUUCAGAAAGAAACGGCAGAACAUGUGAACAUGGCUAGCCACGCGCUUGCGCCAAGAAAGCAGUACGACCCUUAUUCGAGCACCUACAAUCCCGGUUGGAGAGAUUAUCCCAACCUCAGCUAUGGAGGGAAUAGGCAGUCCAACUUCGUACCAAAUAGGCAGCAAGGUACCAGCAGCAGUACCAGGCUCGCCAACCACCAUCCCCUCCGAACUCGAGUUCGUCCAUGGAAGAGAUGA